AUGUCUUUAUUCCAACUUAAUAAUGACGUGGCAAUGGUUAAAUACGGGGUUGCAUACUUUUGUAUUGCUCUGCCACUUUUCCCUGUAUUUUUUGUUUUGAUGAAAACAAUUUGCAUCAAGGAUCGAGAAAAUUCAAAUUUAACUUAUAAACUUAUGAAUUUGAUCAAUUUCUGCCAGGUUGGUCAAACCAUUUCACAUUUUAUCAGUGGCCCGAUGCUUAUUUUUCCAAACUUGCUUAUGAAGCUUGAUGUUAUAAUUAGGAUGAUGGGUUGCAUAAUGAACAGUCUUUGGAUCGCCGAUUUUCCAGUGAUGACUCUCUUAGCAGUUUGCAGAAUUCUCAUUUUCUCAAAUAUCAUAAAUUCAAAAAAGUUUCCAAAUUCUAUAAAAUGUGCUUUAUUCCUCAUCAUCACAUGGACAAUGUUCCUGAUAUUUGUGGGAUGUGCCACGCUAAAUAUGCAACUAGUGACACCUGGAUGGGACUAUGACUUCAGUGUUUCAAGUGCAGAAAUAUUGGCUAAUUUGGAAGUGCUGUUGAGCUUCGCGUGCUUAGCAUCAUCCUAUGUUGCUUAUCUGUUCAUGGCUUAUUUGAUUUAUGCGAAGAAAAAUCUUGUAAGUUGUGUACAUUCGCGGAAAAAUGAGAUUGCAAUUCUUGUUCAAUCGACAUUUGUAACAACUUAUAUAACUGCAAUGAUAUUUGUCUGGCACCAAUCAUUAUUCUCAAAGAUCUCGUUUAUUGAUAUGGAGAGCAAAAGAAAUCAAGCAAUUCUUAAUUGUUGUCUGAUUAUUCAUUGCUAUGUCAACCCAAUAAUGACGUUGGUUUGUAAUAAAUCAAUUCGAGAUGAAUGCCUUAGAUUUCUUAAAAUCAAGAAAAGGCCGAGUAGGCCAUCACGAAGUGACAUUCUUUCGAAACUUUCUUCAAUUCACCCGAUAAAUCCUUCGGCUAAUAACGAGCAUAAUAUCGAAUCUCAAUGA